AUGUCAACUGCGUCCAAAAUCACGCUCGGCGCAUCAAUAGCAUUCGCCACUGGUGCAUUUGUGUUUAUCAACUACUCGCAAAACUCAGAGCGUGCAGCACUACGCCAAGGUCCAAUCAAGGACGCCGAGCGACAACAAGCUCGUAAAACUAAGAAACAACAAGCUAAUGAGUUGGAGCAUAGGGAGCAAGAGGAAAUGAAGCGGAAGUUUGCCGCUUUGCAGCCUUUGAGUAGUGAGAUUAUACGUGGUGAAGGGGAUGAACAGGGAGGUGGAAAGAGAUCAUGA